AUGGCCAGUAGCCCCAAGCCGAGGCGAUCGCGGGGAGGCUGCUGGACGUGUCGAAGGCGGCACAAAAAGUGCGACGAGGUCCGGCCGAUCUGCCUUCGAUGUCAGCAUGGCGAUUUCCAAUGCGAAGGAUACGGUGUACGUCUCACGUGGAGCGAGGGAGACGCGCCGCGGGACGUUCAGCAAGGUGUCGCCGUACGCCCAUUUCGAAGACGACGGCGGAUGAACCGAUUGCCCGCGCAGGACGGCACAGAAGCCAGGCUUGGUGGUACCGGCCCUUCUGGCGCACCUUCAGGCUCAGAUGUUGGAGCACAUCUCGAUGAGCACGAGAUGUACCUUCUUUGCUCGCAGUAUCAGGAUGACAUGCGCCAGACGAGCCAGCGUUCCAUGCAGCGAGAGGUGGAGGAGAGACUGCUCAAGGACUUCUCCACGAGCGGCUAUCUCACAUUGACUGGAAGAUCGGGACCCGACAAUCUUUUCAGCUCAGAGAUCAUCCCCCUUUGUGAGACUCGACCGGCAUUGCGCCAUGCCUUUGUAGCCUACCAGGCAGGUCUGGAAGACGACUGUCAAUCCGUAACCGCUUCAUAUUUACAACUUGCUCUUUCCGAGUACAGCCUCGAGUUGCAACAGCCUGAACGGCUGCAAGAAGACGCGACACUCGCCACGGGAAUACUUCUCUGCAGCGUUAGCAUUAAUUCCUCAUAUAUCUGGACACCGCUGUUGAGAGGGUUGUACUAUGUUCUUCAGUCUCGGCGUUUGCUCGAGCAUACCAGGCGGGACCGUCUUACCCAACAUCUACUCGAAGUUGUCGGCCUGCUUGACCUGCCACAUUUCACGCUGAACCGCCUGAACAAGCCACUCCAUAUAUGGGACCAAUUUGUGGCGCCCUACAAAUCUGCUGGAGUCGAAGAGAGCACUGGGCUCCCAUACUCACUUCUCAACAUCUUGGCUGAUAUUGCUCUGCCCGACACGGAAGACAGAUUGCUUGCGUGGCCCGGCGAAGUUGCUCAAGAUCUCAUACAGAUUCAUUUAUGGGAAGCUUAUCGGACAGCAGCCAUCCUACACUCCCGUAUGCUCAAGAUAGGCUCGGGCAAAUGGGAAUGGCAAGGUGACACUACACAGCAGCCGUGUGCCAAACCAGGCCUCUCAAAUUCUAUCUUAUUGAUGAAAGCAUUCGCCUCAGUCCAAGCCAUAUGCGACAGCAAAAAGGAUGCCUAUGCUCGUCCUCUGGCGUCAGCUGUGCUUUAUCCGCUAUUCAUUGCAAGCAUUUGCACACACGAGAAUACCAAGGAACGCUCCAUUGCCAAGGAUUUGUUCCACGCAUUUCGGCAUCAAUGGGAAAGACUUGAGAAUCAAUUGGAAUGGGAAUUUGUUCUGGAGAUUUGGGAGCGAAGCCGAUGUCAUACUAGGACAACACCACUUGACCUGGCAACCCAAUUUGCCAGAGAGCUGAACAUAGAAGUUCACCUCUACUAA